UGCGUUGCCGGAUGUGUUUUCUUCGGCGAGCGUGUUGGUGGUGGUGGGCAGCUUGAAAACUCAUUCAUUAGAAAGGAAAUAAUUUUGAUCUGCUUUCUAGUAUUGGCGGAAUUUGAGUGUUUUUACAACCAUGAUCGAACCGAAGAAGCGAGCGGCUGAUAUGGCAGUUGUUCCGGCCGGUGUGAAGAGACCACGGACCGAGCUGGUGGCCGCAGCGCAGUCCCAGCAGCUCUCUGCUAUGGGCCCCCCACGAAGCUCCAGUCUGCAUGCUCCUAUAAUGUUGCUCUCUGGUCAUGAUGGAGAAGUUUAUGGCUGCAAGUUUCAUCCCAAUGGAGCUACGUUAGCAUCCUCAGGAUUUGACCGCCUCAUCUUGUUAUGGAACGUAUAUGGAGACUGUGAGAAUUACGCUACACUUAAAGGCCACACUGGAGCUGUGAUGGAGCUGCAUUACAACACAGAUGGAAGUCUGCUCUUUUCAGCUAGUACGGAUAAGACGGUGUGUGUGUGGGACAGUGAAACAGGGGAGCGUGUGAAGCGUCUGAAAGGUCACACGUCCUUUGUGAACUCAUGUUUUCCUGCACGGCGCGGCCCACAGCUGGCCUGCACAGGCAGUGAUGAUGGAACUGUGAAGUUGUGGGACAUCAGGAAGAAGGCCUCUGUUCACACAUUCCAGAACACCUAUCAAGUUCUUAGUGUGACAUUCAAUGACACCAGUGACCAGGUCAUCUCAGGAGGCAUAGACAAUGACAUCAAGGUGUGGGACCUGAGGCAAAACAAACUGAUUUACAGUAUGCAGGGUCAUGGAGACUCUGUUACAGGUCUCAGUCUCAGCUCAGAUGGGUCUUACUUGCUUUCCAAUUCAAUGGACAACAGCGUGCGUGUCUGGGAUAUCCGUCCAUUUGCACCAAAAGAGAGGUGUGUGAAGAUCUUUCAGGGAAAUGUCCAUAACUUUGAGAAGAAUCUUCUCAGAUGCUCAUGGUCUCCUGAUGGCAGUAAGAUUGCUGCAGGUUCUGCUGACAGGUUUGUGUAUAUUUGGGACACAACAUCCCGCAGGAUCUUGUAUAAACUCCCUGGUCAUGCUGGAUCUGUCAACGAGGUGGUUUUUCAUCCAGAAGAACCCAUUGUGCUUUCUGGAUCCAGUGAUAAGCGCCUUUACAUCGGAGAGAUUCAAUAACUCUGUGUGUGUGUGUUUGUGUGUGUCUGCGUCUGAAUGGGAGUGAGAAGCUGAGUUGUGAGAAAUGUAAUUUUCAAUUGGCAAAUGAUAUUUAGUUGGAAAAAUGAUGAUCAGUUGGAGAAAAAUGUUAGACUUGAUUUUCUAUGCUUUUAAUAAACAUCUUUUCUGAAGAA